CGUUGCGGCCAAACGUGACUGACGAUCUCAAUCAAGGGUGCUUGCUUUGGUUGGGAAUAAAGUUUGGCUAACGUCAACACAUUUUUUUUGUAGCCUGCCUUAUUUUAUAAAAACACACACGGAUGUCAGUUGUCUUGAACGCAACACCCCCCCCCCCCCAGCUCAACCAGUGUGUAUUCCGCCAUUGCGGAGCGAUUCAUUGACUGAAACGGUGUUAAAACAGCAACAUUUUUAACCGAGUUUUUAUCGGGUUUAUCUCUACAUUCCUACGGAAAUGGUCCUUAAGACUCUACCCGCUCCUCGACUUUGUACUUUACACCACCGGCGUGUGUCACCUUGAUUUCAGACAUGGCAGCUGUCGUGUGACUGGCAAUCAGUAUCACCCCCAUGUGUUAGAAAGCCAUAGUAAAUAUAUAACAUUAACUAUUUUUGAAAUGGGUGUAGUGGUAAGGAAUCUCCAAAAGGUGGUGCCUCUUCGCCGCGCCCGGCUCCGCAAGGACGUGAACACGCUCAGGCACAUCCUGGGCAUCCAGAAGUUCGACUUGGGCGUCGUUUGCGUGGACAACCGCAGGAUUCAGCACAUUAACAACAUAUACAGGAAGAAAGACGAACCCACGGAUGUCCUCUCGUUUCCAUUCCACGAGGACUUCUUGAUCACGACAUUUGAGUCUAUUGGAUUGGCAUUCCAGGGCCUGAGACCCGGUAAGAUCCCGUGUCCCCUCUACAGAGACGAGCUGAACCUCGGGGACAUUUUCUUGGGCGUGGAAUUUGUCAUGCGACAGUGUCAGGAGUCGUCCAUGGAUCUGCAUCGAGCACUCACCGUGGUGACGGCCCAUGGUAUCUGCCACCUGCUUGGCUACAGACAUGAGACAGAGGAGGAAUGGAGUGAAGUAUGUGUGGAGACAGUUGUGAUAGAAGCAACCCACACAGAUGUGUUUCAACCCGUCUGUCAUGUUGCGGGUCAAAUUGACUAAUUUAAAUGUUUUUAAGAUGCUGCAGAAAGAAAACUACAUUAUUAAAGAGUACAGCCGACUGACAGGGCAACAUUUACUGCCCAUGAUGAAGCCAUGCCAGCAGGACAGGUGACAUCGACUUGUGACCAGUUAAUUAAAAACCUAAAAAACAAA